AUGGACGAAAACAGACGUAAAGAGAAAGUAAACAACUUAAGACUUGAGGUAGAAAACCUAGAAUUAAAGGCUGCGGUUGAGGGGAAAGAUAAAAUAAUUCAACUUCUUCGCGAAGAAAUAAAGACGAUCCGUGAAUCAAAAGACUCUAGACAUGCUUCAACUGAGCGGUUUUAUCGCCAACACGAAGUAAAAGAACUUCACAGCGCGCUGCUAAGUAAAGAAAUUGCUGUUAAACAACUAAAGGAGGAACUAACCCAGGCUUAUCAAAACACCGAGCAGGUGCACCAGCAGUACGCAUGCGCAAGAGGCUCGAUUGAAGCGAAGGACGCCACUAUCAGCAGGUUGCAUAAAGAAAAUGACAGACUACAAGAAGUUCUGGAGAUAGCCCAAAAUGACCGACUGCAAACGCUGGAUAAGUUAAGCGCUGUACAAGCUGAGCUCUCCGCGGUUCGCGUCGAUAAGAGCUGGUUAGAAAGUCAACUAAAGCUACAACAAGAAAGUUUUGUAAUCACACGCACGAUAAGCGACAGCCGAGAAACUGCGGAGGGUGGACACGGGAUAGUGUUUACCAUGGAAAGUGUUGCGAAAGACAAGCAAACAUUACAGGAACUCAUAAACACUGCGUCGCAUUAUGAGGAAAUUAUACGUUCUCUGGAAAGUGGGAAACGUAGCGAUGUGCUCAGCACGCAAGAAUCGUAUCGGUUCACAUCGGUUUCGAGCCCAAGGCAGGGUGAAUCGUCGCCACGGGUUGACGAGAAUUACGUGAUUGAACUCGGAAAUAAGAUGACGGAGGUUGAAGAGCGCUUGAAGAAAGCUGUUGUGUCACAGAAGUACCAGCUGCAGACAGAACGAGAGCAGUUAAUUCAGGAGUUUAGAAACAUGCAAAUGCAACUUUUACAGCAUCAGAGACAUCAUGAAGUACAGAAGAAUGAAAUAUCGUCAAAGGAGACUCUCAUUCAGAGACUUAAAGCCGCGAAGGCAACAUUGGAAACAGAAGUUGAAACUCUUAAAAGCGACCUGGCAGCCAGCCGAGCUGAGAGUGAUAAGUAUUUGCAGGAACAGAGAAAAUCCCAACACGAAUUGAUUUCGUCCAAGGGCAAAAUUUCCAAGCUCGAAGCUGAGCUGGAAAAUGAGAGGCGACAGAGAGAAUUAGAAAAGAAAAGGAUUGAAGAAAUUGGCUCCCAUUCUUACUCCGAUAGAGAUGAACUGUCGAAAGUAAAAAUCCAGCUUCGUGAGCAGUGCCUGAUAAAUGAAAAUCACUCGAGAGAACUUGUUGCCAAAGACAACUUGAUCAAGCAGAUCCGGGGGAGACUGGAGAAUAGCGAAUAUGAACUCGAUAAAUUCAAAUCUAUGCGCACUGCUGUGCAAGUAUCCCAGGCAGAGGUAGGUCGGGAAAGAGAAAAUCUACAAGAAAAACUGCUAGCGUCCGAACGAAGAUUCACCGAACUACAAGCGAGGUACGACGAGUAUCGUCUUAAAAACGAAAAACUACAGCGUGAAUUGCAGGAAUACAGACACAAGCAUACUAGAGUGGACAUUGUUGAACAGUCUCUUGAGCAGAAAAGAGUCGACCUUGAAAAUGAUUUGGUGGUUGCGCAAAAGAAGUUGUCAAAGCUUGAGAACGCGUACGAAACUUGCCAAAAAGAGAAGCUACAGUUACAACAAGAGUUAAUUCCAGCAAAUACUAAAAUAAGUCAGUUGAGAAAUGCGUACGAAAGCUGUCAGCAGCAGAAGUCGCAGUUACAACAAGAGGUGUUGUCGUCGCAUAAAAAGCUUGGAGAAUUUGAAGCGAAGGUGGAGAGGCAACGACAAGAGAAAGCUGACGUACAGCGAGAUAUGAAGGUUCUAGAGAACAAGUACAAUAAGGUGGAACAGCAGCUGCAACGAGCGUUAAGCGAAAAGCAAAGUCUGUUGAGCAAACUAGAGGAAGCAAACCGAAGAGUAUUAAAUGUGACAGACGACGGCCAGAUACGAGACAAUCAGUGGUACGUCCACCAGAAAAAAUACGAAGAAUUGAGCUCGGAAAUCCACAAAAGGGAACAGACUAUGCGUCAGUUGCAAGAAGAAAAAGAACUUUUAGAAGCAGAGAUCCAACGUUUUAAACGCGACUUUGAAACUCUGAAUAGAGAACUUGCCGCUUGUCAGCGAGAGAAAGCGAGUCUUCAAAGUGAGCUAACAAGUGAACGACAGAAAAAUUCCGAUUUUGACAAAGACUGUGGACGCCUGCGUCAAGAGAGAGAAAAACUCCAACAUGAAUUGAAUUCUAUGAAAGACAAUAAUGCUCAGUGGAAAGAUAUGUGUGAUAAGAUUCAAGAAGACAAGGAACGUUUGCAGGGAGAGCUUCUGGCAGCACAAAGAAACAUUUCACGGUACGAGGCGAGCCAUGAUAACGAGAAACGCUCCUCUCAACAGGACACCAUGAUAUUAAGGACCAGAAUAAGUGGCCUUGAAAGUGAACUUCAAGAGUUGCGAAAGCAUGAUGAAGAAUUGAAAAUUAAGACCAUGGAACUUCAGAGAUGCAAAGCCGAUUUUGGUAAAGUGGAAAGAGAUCUGGAAGAGAAAUCCAGAAAGCUUGAAAGGCUAAUGAAAGACACUGACAUUAAAGAGAACCUCCACCAGCAAUUGAAAAAAGAAAAUGUAGCACUUAAAAGAGACCUCGAAUCGGCGAUGAAAGAAUCUGGAGAGUUUUUAUCCAGUUACGUUCCUGACAAAACGACAAUGGAAGUUGAGUUUGAAUUAGUUCAGAAUCAACUGUCAGACAUGAGUACCCACAUGAAAGAACUUGAAGAUGACCGUGACUCUUGGCGAGAGAAGAACCUGCAUCUUCAAAAGCAAAUGAUCUUACUCGAGGCCAAAAACGGUGAGAUGGAAAAGUCUUAUAUCAGAAUACAAGAACAUGACAGGAAACUACAAGGUGAUUUAGAAACCUGUAAAAGCGCCGUCGAAAAACUUGAGAAAGAGUUAUUCGAGUAUCAGGAGAGUAAGAACAGAGUUGAGAGCGCAUUUGAGAAUUCUGAAUUUAAGAAGGAGGAAUUGUCCAAGGAAAUAUUGGACGCCAGGAAAAAGCUUUCGGAUCUCAAGAAGUUAUACAAGGCUGCGAAAACUGAUGAAUUGAAGCGCACAGAAGCGGAUCGAGGCAAAAUCACAAAGCUUGAAGGCCAGAUCGAGAGCCUAACAAAUCAGAAAAAUCAAACGCAACAAUUGUUGAUGGAGACAAGGGAUGCGGCGAGAAGAUAUCAGGAGGAGCUUCACAAGACACAAUCACAGCUUCAAGAACUGCAGCGGUUCUCGGAAAUUUAUCAUAAAGAUAUUCACUCUAAAGAGACGCAGAACAAAAGAAUUCGUUUGGAAAAAGAAAGCAUACAGAAGGAGCUGGAGAGUAUGCAAGUGGAGUUGGUUAACACGGCUUCAAAUGUGGAGUCUUUUGACGCAGAGCGUUAUGAACUGAUCCAGGAAAUGCGAGUGGCAAAAGACAAGAUGCAAGAGUGGGAGAGUGCGUACAAGAUCCUGCAACAAGAGCAUGAAGCAAUGGAGAAGGAGCUAAGAAAUGCUCAAAAGAUGGUCAACGAGGUGGAAGAUGAGUUUAAUAAAAGUCAUAAGGAACAUCAGAAUGAAGUACGCACCAGUCAUCUGAAGAUUAGUAAGUUUGAAUCUCAGGUACAGGUUGUGAUGAAACAGAGAGACUCGUUGAAAGACCAACUUGACGAAGUACGCCAAGAGUUGCGGAACACCAAAGAUGAGUACACACAUCUGCAGAAGGAGUUCAUUCAACACCAGCAGAGAUGUGAUACUUACCGAAAAGAGCUCUUGGCCAAGAGCCAUAUGAUAGAGAGGCUUGAAGAAGAAAAGAAUUCCUUGCAGCGGAGGAUGGAACAGAUGAGAAUAGAGCUCGGGCAAAACGAGAUGACAGGUCAAGUUGUGAAGCAAAAGAGUGAUAUCUUGGAAGGUAAUUUGUGAUGUUCUAAAUUUAGGCUUUCAACGCUACGGUUUAAUUCCAGUUAGACUAUUACAUUAGGAUUUAUAAUGACUAUAGGCCUGAUGUUCGCUCGUCGAAUUCAGGGGCCUAGGGGGGAAUUUGGUCUUUACCAACGAGUUAAAUAUGUCCUUUUAUAAACAAAACUAAGAUAUUACGCGCGCUCUGAUUGGCCGAGAGCCGUGUUUGCAUGAGAGUGUGUAAACAUGGUUGCGACGUCAAAGUGUUUGCUUUUCGCGCGCUAAUCACGCUGGCACGAAUUUCAAAAAGCCUAAAUAGUUAUGUUACAGUGAGACUUUGAGAUUUUUAUAAAACUGCUGUUCUUUAUGUAUUAAUAUCUGGUUUCAAUGAUAGGCAAAGGUAAUGUCUGCAGUGACUGGGAAUCCCCUCAUCGUUGGUGCUUCUGGGUACGAUUAGAGUGCACCGGCUAUAGGAUUGUAAAAGUGUAGACUUACAUCCUCACUGCGUUGCGUCCAUGUUGUUUGUUUAAUUUGUUCUAGGUGAUUUACAUUCUGCUGGUGAUAGGAUAACAGACCUAGAACGUACGUUGGGAAGGUUGAGGUCAGAGAAAGAUGAAAUCCAACGAGAACUUCACCGCGUCACGAACAAGCUGGCUAUUGUCGAAGAGUCAUAUGCGAGAGCCCAGGAAAAAGUCAAGGAUCUAGAAAUUCAGCUCAACGCUGCCCGAAAAGUCAUCGGUGAUCUGGAAGAAGAGCUAUCCGUCGUCAAGACUAAUGCGGCUCAGCUCGAAGCAGAUUAUGGAUAUAAAAUCGGGCACACUGACGAUCUCGAGGAAAAAUUAGAGGCUACGUACAGAAGUUUGUCAGAGAUUGAGUCAUCGUACGAGUGCAGUGAACGAGAGAAAGAAGACCUUAAGCAGCAGCUGACUCAUGCGGAAAGAAAGGUGUCAGAGUUGAGAGAGACCAUCCAGAGAAACGAGGAAGAGAAUGAUGAUUUGGAGCGACAACUGGAUAACACUCGACAUAGGACAACAAAGCUUGAAAGUCAACUAGGCAAUACUCAAAGGCAAAAAGCACAAUACAAGGAACAAUUGGACGAUGUGAGAGCCAAGCUACUAAAAUGUAAAGAUGAACUAGCAACCGUACAAAGUCAACUUUACGACUGCCAAAGGAGCUUGGACGUGCUAAGGAAGGAUUCCAGUACCAAAGACAAUACUAUAACAGAACUCAGAGGAAACUGUUCCACGCUAGAGUCCACUUUGGAAAAAACAAGCGAAGAACUUGCAAGACAUCAAAUGGAAAACGAUUCGCUCCAACAGGAUAAACGCGAUCUUCAAGAAGAGAUCUUAGAACACCAAGAAAAAGUCCAAGAGCUGGAAGCCAUGUACAAGCUAUGUGAACACGAGAAACAGCGACUCGAAGAAGAGAUACAUUCGUUCUAUAAAAGGCUUGCGGAACUUCAGGGAUCUUAUCAGACGUGUGAACACGACAAAAUGGACGCACAACGCCAGGUCAUGAUGCUGGAACAAAAGGUGAGCAGGCUCGAGGUUGUCUUGGAGCAAACACAGCGAGAGAAAGCAACUUUAGAGUUUCAUUCAGGAGACUUGAAUGUUUCAAACAAGAAGGCGGUGGAAGAACUGCGUGUAAUAAAAGGGCGCUUGGAGAAGAACGAGAGAGCAUUUAAUGACUUUUCAAAUCAAAUUUUGGAGAAAGAAAGAAUCAUCGACGAGUACAAGACCAAGAUAACUACACUGACAACUGAAAACGAUUAUUUGAACUCUGAAGUGAGCAAAAGAAAAGAAAAUCUCAGGCAACUGGAAAACGAUCGACGCAAGUUGCAAGAUAAGUGGAGAGAGACGAGCGAUGAGGUCAUUCGAAUGAAACCAAUAUGGGAAGCCGCCCAGCGAAAGAAGGAGCAGAUCGAAAUAGAAUUACAGGCGAACCGAAAGAAGGUGGUCACUUUGGAAACUCUUUUGAAGAAAAAUGAAGAGAGAACAACGCUCGCAGACAAAGAUCUCAAUCUCUGCAAGAACAAAAUCUCUGAUCUUGAGAGUGAACUUAACACUUUGCGAAAGAAGGUCUCCGUUAUGGAAUCCCAUUAUGAAGAAGCAAGGAAAGAACUGGAAGAGGUCAGAGAGCAGCUAAGGGAGGCUCAAGAAAAGAAUACGAGCUAUUCCAUUCAACUUGAUACAGCUCAAAGUGAGCAGAUGGAUUUAAAACAGCAGAUUACGAUCCUAGAGAAGAGCUUGUCACAGCAUGAGGAAGAAAUAUCAAGAAUACGCGAGAAGAAGGAAUCACUGGAGGAGGAUCUCUUCGCAAGUCACAACAAAAGGGCAAAACUUGAAUCAACAAUUAGCGGGCUGGAGACGCAGAGAACAAACUUCAAAGAGCAACUUAAUGAAUCAAGGAAUAAAACCAUCGAACUUAAAGAGGAAAAUAUAAAGAUUGCAAGCCAAUUAAAGGAACAGCAAGGCUUGGCAGAAUCUUUGAAGAAAUCUCUGUCUAAGAAGGAGAAAACGAUUGAAGAAUUGCAUGAAAGGAUAACGGAAUUGGUAACGGAGUUAGAAACUUUGCGGCAAGAAGGAAUGACUAUAAAAGUGUCCUGUGAAAGCCUUCAAGGAGCACAAGAAGACAUGAGUUUGAAACUUAUGGAAUAUGAAAGCAAAGACGAAAAAACAAAACGGGAAUUAACAGAUACAUUGGACGCCAAAGAUGAAAUUGAGAAAGAGCUCAAUAUCGCCGUGCAACGAAAUACAGAACAGGAACAUCAGUUGAAGAGUUUGCAGCGAGAGAAAGAUCGACUUAAGUUCAGUUUGAAGGAGAGCGUAAGAAAGCUCACUAAAGAAACCGAAGACGGAUCCAGGGCUCAGAGAGAAUUACAGGAAUGCCACGUAAUCAUUGAACAACUGAAAAAUGAUAACAGAGCCUUGGAUUCUCAAAUUGAGGAAUUGAGAGCCGUCAAAGCAUCCAUCGAAAGUGAACUGGAGAACAUUCGGAGCGAAUAUGAAGUUUGUAACUCCAAAAACGACAUCAAUGAGAAAAACCUACAGGACUCUGACAUUGAAUUGAAAAAGUACAAAGAUGAUGUUUUACGUUUAGAAAAUUUGACAGUUGAUCUAGAGAAGGAGAAAUCCGCCUUGGAAAAAGACGUUCAAGUUACUAAGGCAAAAUGUCUUGAAUAUGAAAGUUUGGUUAGACGAAUGGCUCAAACUGAAAGCGAUCUUAAACAUGAACUUCAGAGUUCAAACAGUAAGAUUCUCGCAUUAGAGUCGGAAAGCAAAUUGUCCAAGAAACAAGGAAAUGAGAUUAAACGUGAAAGUGAAGUCUUGGGAAGAAAGGUUCGAGAACUUGAUGAAUUGUUUAAAAAGUGCGAUCGAGAAAGGAAAGAGGCACGACAAGAAUUAAUUUUAACACAGAGCAAGUUAGCUGACAUAGAAUACAAAUAUGAUUAUGAAUGCAGUGAGCGGAGAUCUUUGAGCACGCAUUUGGAAGAUGCUAAUGAGCAGGUAUCCAAAGCGCUUGAUAAAGCGCUGAAUCUAGAACAGAAAGUGGUUGAACAAAAGCUUCUUCUUGACAUGGCAAACAAGGAAGUAGAGGAGAGAGAUGAGGUCAUACGACAACUUAAAAAAAGCAAAGUUUUCGUAGAAGGGCAGCGGGAGAGUUUGAAGCAGAAUGUCGCGUCUGGGAAGGAUGAAUGUGAUCGCCUUCAACAGGAAAUCGGUCGCCUCCAGCGUGAGAUCUUCGACCAGCACAAGAAAACAACCGAGCUGGAUUCAAAACUAAGAAAAGCAAUAGCGGAGAAGGAAAAGAUUCGGGACGAAGGUAAUAAGUGUAACGAUGAUCUCUUGACACUGAAGACCCAACUGGAUGAAGUGCAAGGUGUGAAUGAUAAUCUUGAAUACCAGCUUGAAGAGUAUAAACAGAGUGCGUUGAAGUACAAGAACGAUGCAAUAACAUUGCAAAGGCAAGUUACUGAGUUGACAGGGCAGUGCGAGGUGUAUAAAGAAACUCUUGAUGCAAGGGAGGGGUCGGUAGGCCAGUUACGAGAAGCCAAACGAACUUUGGAAGAGGAAAUGGAACAGUUGCAGAAAAGUGUCAAGGAGAAGGAAGGGAAGAAGGACCUGUUGAUAACCAAGAGAAAGGAACUAGAGACAAGCCUUAGGUCUGCGCUGCAACAGCUUUCUGAAGCAGAGGAAGCGUUAAAGGUAUACAGCAACAUAGAGUUACAGAACCAUAUCGAUAAUUGCCUGCGUGCAGACGUCUCCUAUUUCCUUUGUUGCACGCGGAAAAGGGACGUCUGCGUAACGCCGUCGCUAAUCGUGUUCCAGCGUCCCGCUGGCAGGGUAUUCUAUUUUGCAUAAAUUGUGAAAUAAUAUCCGGUUAGAAAUAAGAGUUGACAGGCCAAACAAAACAUCAUAAGCUCGUGAGACGGGCGAAACGUGACUUUGAGAGUCUGCUUGAACAGAGGUUUUUCUUCUUUUCUCUCUCGCGCGAAGAUUACUAGCACUACACAGUGCAUGUAGCAUUCCAACCUUUGACUGAGUAAGUCUCAUUUUUGCCGCGCUAAGUCUUCCAUUUAGAGGUCAUGAAGCAGGUUUGUUACAUGCAUACUGAGUAAUCAUUUCCUGUGGUUUAUGCUUCUGUGGGUGUUCCCGAUAGGAUUUGAUUUCAGAUGCAGUUGUAACGUGUUUAAAUUUUCUUGACCUCUGUUUGUUACGGCUAAGUAAAGGUUUUAGUUUCUUUGGCUGGCUUUCUCCGAAAUGCCUGCCUGGUGCGAAGUCCACGCCGCUUUUGUUGUUUUCUCAGACACUGUUUACAAAUAUGAUGUGAUGUGUCAUGCACAGUAAAUUGUAAAGAAAUAAUUUCCUCGUAUACGUUAAAUUUUCCGCGUCCCCGCACAAGAUUUCGAUCGCUCUGCUUUUCGAUCGACGAAAAACACAGCACACAAUCGCACAUGUUUUGAUUUGUUUUGGUUAGAAAACCCCGCUUACAUAAAUCAUUUGAAUCACCGCAUACAUUAUCAGACCACAUUCGAUAACAACCAAUCAGCAUUAAGUCAAACAAUGCGCACUGUGUGUCAACCUAUCACAGCGUGUUCCCAAGAUCUUGGGAACCCAGCAGGACGCUGGAACACGAUUAGCGACGGCGUUACGCAGACGUCCCUUUUCCGCGUGCAACAAAGGAAAUAGGAGACGUCUGCACGCAGGCAAUAUCGAUAAUAGAGACACACUGCAAGUUGUUUACAUAAUGUUUUAACUAUACAAAAUGCGUGUUUAUAGGUUCUGUUGCUUGAAUGAAAACAUAAGCAGCUUUGUUUUAACGAGUAAAUUUUAACAGUAUUGCAAAAAAAAAAACUAAGCGCUACAAAAAAUAAGCCAGGACUUAACCGACAAUUUCCAAUACUGAGCGAAAGAGACAACACUCAGCUCUUGUCUUUGAAGAAAACAAUAUUUCCAGGGUCAAGGUUUCAUUGAAAUUACAUGUAAAUGCAUUAGGUGCCUCAUAAAAAAAUUAAUCUGAGAGAACGAGGAGAAAUACUCAUGUGAAGUUAAGUAGUAUUGUUUUCCUUUUUGGAAUACUUCGUGGGGUCAAAUUAAAUGUCUUGUUAGGAACAAUUGUUAUUCUUAAAUUAAGGGGGCACUGGCAGGGGCAGGGGCAGUAUGGUUAAAAGCAUUAUUACUAUUAUUAUUAUUAUUAUUAUUUAUUUAUUUAUUUGUUUAUUUAUUUUUAUUCUCCCUUUUUUCUUAAAUAUCUAGCCAAGAUUUAUUUCGAUCAAAAAAUGACUCAAUUAGCUUCGAGUGCUUGGUUUAAUAAUUUUGUGUAAAUUUUUGGAUGAUUUUUGGGAAAGUUUUUAGUGUGAAAAAAUUAAGGGGGGUGUUUAAAAUUUUGGAAAAUUUGAAAACGUUGGAUUUGGGGGUUACUGAAAAAUAAAAUGUGAAGUGAAUAAUUGGUAGACACAUACCACAUAGUCCCUCACCACAACAAGUUGCCACUGAUCCCAUUAGCUGACUAACUGGUUUAUGUGUAUACCUUUUCUACCCUAAUUUAUUUCUUUCUGAAAUCAACAUCGUUUACCCAAAAACAACCAGAAUACCUUUGUUGUUACUGAUUUUAUUUACUGUAUAAUUUUCUGAUCAUCCUAAUCAAGGUAAGCAGGGAUGCUCUUCGAAGAGGUGACGUCGAUGCCGAUUCUCUAAGGAGGCAACUUACUGAUAUGGAACGAACCUUUGUGGAAGUAAAGGAAAGAGAAGAUCAAAUUAAACAGAAGAAUAUCGUCUUGGAGUCGCAAAUCGUGAGCCUUGAGAAUGUUUACCGCUCAAGCCAAGAGGAUCGUGAUGUCCUGGAACGAGAAGUCCAGUCUCUUCAAUCCGCGCUAGAACUCACGAGGGCAUCACUUGACGAAGAUCGCGAAGAACUUGAAAGUUUGAGGUCCGAGACCCAAGGAAUGAGGAAUAAAGUAUUUACUUUGGAAACACAGCUUCAGCGAACUGAAAAGAUCAAGGAGGGACUAGAGCAACAAGUUAAUAUUUUCACCUCACAAGGUAGUGAUAUUGAUGGAGAACUCAUCCGCCUUCAAAGACGAGUCCAGGAACAGUAUAUUCUCCUAGAAUCUCAAAUGAAAGAUUUGAAGAACAAAGACGAAGCUGUUGAAAUGUUUAAGACUGAGAACAGGAAUUUGCAAAAUGAUGUCAGUGGUCUGCAAGAGGAGAUUACCAGCAUAAGGUCUAGUUUGGACGUGCUCCAACAAAAUAAAGAUGGAGCUGAUAAGAAGUUGUUUGACGCAAUGAAGCAGAGUUCCGAGUUUGAACUUCGCCUUGGUGCAGCAUUGGAGGAACACGAGGAGAUAAACAGGGAGUUGGCUGAAAAGCAAGAGAAGGUUUCCAGUCUGGAACAAGAAUUGUACCAAGCAUUGAGAGACCUGGCCAAUGUAAGGCACGAACUAGACGAUGCAAAAUCUCGAGCAGCAAAGGACAAGGAAGAUAUUGUUAGUUUGCAAAGUGGAUUGAACAACAAAGAGAUCACGUUUGAGGAGUACAGAAAAAGCGAUCAGGAGAAGGUCGACAAAAUUGACUCUUUACAGUCUAACGUCCAUAAGCUAGAGCAAGAAUUAAAGUUGUCGACUGAGGAGCUCUCUAAUGAGAAGGAAAAACAUGGCCACGCUCAAGAAGAAAUUACUAAAUUGCAAACAGAGUUGGAGGCUCAAGAAGCUAGUAUAGGUGAAAUGGAACACGCUAUUGAACGACUAAAGAACGAAAGCGAAAAGCUCAGAAAAGAGGGCUUAGCUAACAAAGAUAUCGCUGAUGAGUUGAGAGAAAGGUAUCAAACAGUGGAACGAGAACAUGAAAAUCAACAGUAUGAACUGACGUCGCUACAGCAAAAGCUGACAUACUUGGAAUCAAGGUAUAGCAGUGUUACUGAGGAUAAGAAUAAGAUGAAGGAGGACUGUGGUGCCUUGAAACGGGACGCUUCUGAGAUGAAGAGUGCCCUGGAUGAAGCACAACGCGAGAAGAGCAGACUUGAAGGCGAGAUAGCGGCUGUGAGACAACAGAGUUCUGAUUUACAGAGCAGGAUAAGUAACAUUCUUCUGGAGAAAGACAGAUCGAAUGAGGAGGUCUCUUCAAUGAAUAGCUCGUUAUCUGCUUUGCAAGUAGAUUACAGCAUCGUUUUGUCUCAGAAGGAAGACAAAGAAAAGAAGAUAAUGGAGCUUAAUAAUAAGUUGUCCAAGAACAUUCUGGAACACAGUGAUUGCGACCGAACAAAAGACAAUUUACAAGGAGAGGUUCGCAGAUUACAACGCAAGGUAGACGAGCUAGAACACACGGUUGUCUAUCUGGAACAAAAGGAUAAAAAUGUCCAAGAAGAGUCGAUUGAAGCACACAAGAAGAUAACAGCUCUCGACCAAGAGUUGAUUAUUUACAAGAAUAAGAUUGCAAGAAUGGAAGCUUUUGGUGGGGUAAACGAAAGAAAAAUCCGAAUGCAAAAUGAUUCACUCUUAACGGCGGAACAGAAAGUAACACAGCUAGAACUUGCGAUGACUGCGAGUCUGGAGAAGGAAUCCAAGCAACAGAAAGAUAUUUUUGAUGCACAAAAGAAAGCAACAGACUUCGAAGUCGCUUAUCAAAGAAGCGAGUCUGAGAAGAAUCGACUGCAACAGGAAAUGAACUCGUUUAAGAGCAAAUUGACAACGGGUGAAUUUAAACUUCAGAGAGAGACCAAAGAGAAAGAACAACUUGAAGUCCAGCUUCAGGAGGCAAAGCUUAAGUUGGAAAACCUCAAGUUGGAGUCAACAAAAAAUCAGCGAAAACUCGCAGAGCAACAGCACGAUUAUGAGCUCAAGUACAGAGACUACGAAAGCAUGAUGGUAGCCAUUGAGAACCUUCGUGCGGAAAGGAAAAUUUUUGAAAAAGAAGUUGAAAAUCUGAAAAGGGAUCACAGUAACGCCAAGCUUAGCACAAGCAAACUUGACCAUGAAAACAGAGAUUUAAAGAACCAGUUAGAAGCUAGUAGAGAGCGCAUAAUAGAUGUUGAAUCUGCCGCUGAGCAGAUCAAAAACGAGUGCGACAGACUAAGGAACGAAGUUCUUCUCCUGGAAACCUCAUAUCAGGAGUCACAGCUUAUCUGUGACAUGUUAAGGAAAGAAAAAGAAGACCUUAGUUCGCAGCUUCUGGAAUCAUCACCUCCUGGGAUGGAUUUUGGAUCGGAAGACUCCGUGAAGAAAGAAAAAGAAGACCUUGAAAGCCAGCUUAUGAAAAUAAAAAGUGAGCUAGAAUCAGCGCUGAGAUCUGCCCACGAAAAAAUGGUCUCUGAGAAAACUAAAGCUGAAGAACAAAUUCUAGCGUUGAAAAGGAAAAAUUCUGAAUUACAAGCAGAUAACCAAGUAGCUCAUCGUGACAGCACUAGGGCCUCACUGGAGAUUGAGGAAACUAAAAACAGGCUUCGUGAAUUAGAAUUGUCCUACGAACAAGUUAGACUGACCAAAGAAACGUUUCAAUGUGAAGCCAGUGAGGCGCAGAGGAAGCUAGCUGCACUUGAGGCGAGCUAUGAGCUAAGUGAAAGCCAGAGGAACGAUUUGAGCAGAGAAGUGGCGAGUUAUGAAAAGAAGCUUGCAUUGAUGGAAUGCUCGUACAAUAGAAUUCGUGAAAGGGAGACAGAUCUGGAAGGGGAAUAUCUUGAAUCUCACAAGAGGGUAACGGAGAUGGAGUACGAACUACAGGCCAAGACAAAACUGUUAGACGAGGCGAGAGCCAUGGUUCAAGAAAUGGACGAAAAGAGCGAUGUCCUUCAAGUUGAAGUUCUAGAAUUGCAAACCAAGGUCUCAGAGUUAGAGGCGACGUGUGAAAUGUGGAAAGACAAAGCAAGGAGAUGGGAGGACCAAGCACAGACGGCCGAACGAAAAGCCAAAGAAACCGAAGAGACUUACAAAUUCGGACAGCUUGAAAAGUCUGAACAACAGCGCGAGCUUGCGGCGCUGAGAGAUAAUAUUUCAACUCUGGAAUCUGAACUCAAAGAUAGUAAGAGAGAGAAAGAAGAUUUGCUUGGCCAAAUGGAAGAUUUAAAGAACGCCAGUUCUAAGGAUCACAAUACAGUUAAUAGCCUUAAAAGGCAGGUCAAUGAAUUGGAAAAUAAGGUUGAUGAUGCAAAUAGAGAAACUGAAGAGAAAGAAACAGCUGUGGAAGAUUUGAAAAGGCAGAAGGUACUUCUAGAAGAUGAGGUGGAAACUUUGAGGGGAGAACUACGAGAGAGAGAAAAAGUCAGUGACGAUUGUGUCAAAGAAACGGAGAAGAUUCGUCUUCAGCUCGAAAACAUAUCAGCAGAACUGCAAGAAACGGAAAAAAAAUUGAAAGUAUGCGAAGAAGAGAAAGAAAAGAUGCGAAACGAGAAAAUAUCAGCGCAUAAUCUUCUCUGUACAUUGCAGGAUAACAGCACAACGAAUGAGGUUCACGAUGGAAUACUGCAGCUUGAGAUGGAGUACUUAAGGAAGAAAUUGUCGGAUAUAGAGUUGGAGCUGCAAACGUCCAAAGCAAAGAACGAGACAUUAAAGCAAGAUCUUCGUGGUUACCAAGAUGGAUCCAAGGAUUGGGAGUUAAAUGAAGAGAUCAGAAGAUUGCGGUUUGACCUUCAAACGAGCUUAGAGAAACACCGAGAUCUCGAACGAUUUUGCAGAGGAAGUGAAGAAGAGAAGACGAGGUUGCAACAAGAGCUUUUAGACGCGCACAAGAAGGCGUCGGAGAUGGUAAAAGCGCACCAGUAUUGUCACCAGGAAAAAGAAGCACUGAAAAAUGAGAUCGCUUCAUUGAAAAAAGCACUAGACGAGCUCUGCAGCAGACGCGAGGACGCCCAAGACAAUAAAGCCGAUCUUCAACAGGAAGUUUUGGAUUUGCAGCGGAAGUUUACCAAAGUGGAAAACAUGUACGAACAAGCUCAAUGCGAUAACAAAAGACUGAGUUCACAGUUAGAAGAAGCAGAAAAGAGGGUUCGAGAUCUUGAAGAUGAGCUCUUUAGCACACGCCAUGAAAUUAAUCAACUCAAAAGCGCUUCUUUCAGCAAUGAAGAGAAAACGUAUUUUGAAGAGAGGAUCCUUUCAAUGGAGUCAAAGUAUACAGAGCUCGAAACGUCCUAUUAUAGUCUUCUUCAUGAGAAGAAAGAAAUAUUUGAUGAGCGUGAAGUGAAGAGUCAGGAGUUGCAACGUCUUCAGAGGACAUUAGAAGAGAAAACAAGAGAUGCCGAGUAUUUAGAAAGGCAACUGGAAGAGUAUAAAAACAGUUCCAGUUCGGAGAAAAAUCGUCUUCGGGAUGAGCUAGAGGAGGCUCUCGAGAGACUGCACAGAAGCGAAGCUGAAUUAUCUGAGAAAGUCUUUGAGAAUGAGCGCUUAAUCGACGAACAUCAGCAAACUAUAUUUGAGAAAGACAGCCUCAUCAGUGAGCUAAACGCUCAAAUAAGCUCACUCAACUUUGAAGUGUCCACCUUGAAGAGAGAGUUAGCGUAUAGCAAGGAUGAUAAAGACAGCUGGAGUGAGGAGAUGGCGCGGUAUAGGGAAGAAACGUUUACUCUAAGAAAAGAACAAUCUCGUGCAGAGGAAGAACUUCGGCUUAUUAAAGAUGACUACGAAGGAAUGAGAGACAAGUUAGCAGCCAUUAAAACAGAGAAGGCUCGAUGCGAAGAGGAAAACGAAAAACUUAAGGAGGAGAUGUCAGAGAUUCGGCGCGGAGUAGUAGAUGUCAAAGAUGAAUUAAGGUCCGCCAAUAUGGAGGUUGAGAGGUUAAAACGGGAACUGUCCAUGCACAAGUAUGAGUAUGAUUCACUCGAGAACGAGAAAGUUAAUCUCAAAGAAGAACUUUCAGGAGUGAAGUUAAGUAAGUCUGAGGUUCAAGACGAACUAAGGCGGGUAAAACGAGAGCUGGAGAAACUCCAGCGAGAGGCUGGAGUAAAAGGACGAGAGCUUGACGCCUGGGAAAAAGAGAAGACUUUGUUGCAAGAAGAGAUUAAGUCUUCGAGAGUUGAGAGGUUCAAUCUUAAUGAAGAAAACCGGGACCUUAUGCGAGAAAUUGAAAGACUGAAAUCGCAGCUCAUGUCGAAAGAAGGUGUGGCUGAUGAAGUAGGACAAGUGAAGAAAGAGAAGGACCAGAUUUACUAUGAGUAUACGAUCAUCAAGGAGAAGUACACUCGGAUAGAAAUUGAGAAACAAACUCUGAUUCAGGAGAAACAAUCCUUGGAGUUUGACCUCGGAGAUUACAAGACCAAACUACAAAGGUACUUGUCGUUUUAUACAACUGACUUUGAUUUCCCUAUAUAAAAUUCUAAACUGUUAAUGUUUUAAGUACAACAACUACUGCGACCAUGGAAUGAGGUGCUAAACAUAGUUUUAAAAAAGCUUCGGUUAACAGCAACAUAUAGAUGUUCUGUUCAUAUGGUUUUAGAUUUGAUAGAAUACAUCUCUCAGUUCCUAUUAAACGGCUACACAAACUUAAAUUCCUAAGAUUAUAUGCCUCCUGAAGCUGAGGAUAAAGCUAAAACAAUGAAUAAACAAUGAAGAAUUUUGAAAGCGAAUUAAAGGGUUUUAAACUCAGGUCUAAACCACGGACUUUAAAAUUUAGUCUAUUAUUAGUAUUCUAUUCUUUGAAUUAUUAAUGAUCUCUAUUGAGCGCUUUUUCAAUUCUGUUUGUACUAAGGUGCGAGGACUCCAAGAAACACUUAGAGGAGGAGAAACGACGGUUGGAAUAUGAACUAAGUAUAGCGAAAGAACGACUCUUAAUUGUUGAACGUGAGUUUGAUUCCAGAGCUGUAGAAAAAGAGCAGAUAUCACAAGAAAUCAGUGGUACACGCACUGAACUCAGAAAAAUGGAAAUUGAGUUGCAGAACGCUUUAAGAAAACUCAGAGAUGCAAACGAUGACGUCACAGCCAGGCAGAGUCGUCUGGAGAGACUGGAACGAGAGCUUGAAGACCAGCGAGAGGAGUGUAGAUUACAAGAAUUUGAUCGCGAGAAGAAGGCCGAACAGGUUGAGUAACAUCUAUUUGAUUACACCAAUCUUCUUUAUCCUCUAAGUACACCAUUUGUCCUUGGGUCAAAUUGAAAAGUGUUUGACUCAUUUUCCUAAGUACAGCUGUCCGCCUUAUCGUCCCUUUUCAUAAUUGGCAUUCUUUUGUGUGUCGUUGUUUAAUAGAAAAGGACGGUUAAACAGAGUGCUUACUUUAAAAAUAGUUUAUCAAACGCCUAAUGACUGAAGCAAGGAUUGGCAUAGUCGGUUGGAACGCGGCCAUCUUCCCAGGUGUGACCUCAAAUCUUUGUUUCGAGUUCUUUCCUUUCCGUGUAGCUUUAAGUAGUUUAUACCGAAUAUAAAAACAGUUUAGUACAGUAUGUUCUCGUUAUACUUUGUUAAAUUGUUUAUCAUAAUUUUACUGUAAGCCACAUAUAAUAACCUGCUUGAUCUUGCUUGGCUAAACAGGUUCUUGUAUUUUGGGUAUUAAAGUGGCAAAUUUCUGCCACCAGGUUCUUAAUGCACACGUUUUUAUUAGCGGGUGUUUACUGUAUGCGGUGUAUAUGCAGUUCUAAUUGAAAGUGAGACCUUUCUAAUAACAAUUACCUGGUUUCCUGCUAUGCUUUUUUUAAGAGCUGUACGAGAUGUUGCUGACCUUUGAGUCUCUGCAUACAACCCUAUACUAUAUGGCCAUUAAAAAGAAAUCUUUUGACUAAUAUCUUCAUUUAGCGCUCUCAAAUUCUAAAAAGAGCUCCGCUUUUAGGCUUGGCUAAUUCUAUGUUUAGUAUUUAUUGAAUGAGGCUGAGUAGGAUGUAAAGAAUUAUGCGAAGGUGAAUGUUAUCCACCGAGGCUAAAGGCCGAGGUGGAUAACGUUCUCCGAGAUCUGCAUAAUUCUUCACAUCAUACGAAAGUCGAAUUCAAUUAUUGUUUAUUAUUCAUUCAAAAUGUUUACAAGUUCUUAACAAGCUUACCUCCUGGUAGACUUUCUUCAAAACUUUGGCCUAUUUCUCGGUUUUCAGGGUAUAAACAGGUAUUUAAUCUUGCAGAUACUCUUCAAAAAGUAGAUAAAAUCCAUCGAGCCUAGUAUGUUUUGCGUAUUCUUUCAUUUCUUCCAUUCAGUCCAAGGCAGAAGUUCAGCCAUUUCGUCUUCGAAAAGCCGUGAAAGCCAUUGUUUAGUUCACUUUUGCCCAGGCAGCGUCUUUUCCAAUCAAAUAUACCAUCGAAUCGAUGUUAUAUUGCUCACAUCUUCCAAAUUUGGUAAGCGCCCUUUCCUUAUGAAGAAUUAGCCGGGGAAUUGGAGCCAGUCAGGAACGGCGAAAUAUUUUGAAUGAAUAAUGGGUCAUGUUGAAUAAAAAAAAUUAUAAAUUUGAGUUUCGGUAUUUUGGUAUUUUUUCUACCUAAUGUAAGGUUCUGCGUUCUGACCCAGUCAUCAUCAGGCCGAAGCAUAUCCCGGUUUCCACGAAGCGACCGGAAAUUCUACUACCCCUCUCUAGACGGGAUGCUUGUCCAUCGCAGGAUUACCCUUCCCCGCCCCCAACAUAAAAUUCGCCUUAACCGAUUUAUACACCAGGGUGGAGUAAGGUGCUGUGGGAUUUAAGUGUGUUUGUGUCUUGACCAAAACUCAACACAAUGACUCCAGCCAGGGCUUAAACCACGGCCACCUUAUCUAGGGUCUAGUGUACUAAAGUAAGUAAGCACAUACGUAAGGAACUGGCCAUUCCGCGGAGUUGGUAGUGUGUGUUUCAGUGCUGAACUUGGUGUACCGCACUAACCAUAAUAUACCUAAUGUACCACGUUUUGUUUAGGUGAGCACCUUGCAGCAACGGAUUGAAGAGCUUGAGGCUGAGAUUCAAAGCUUGCAAGAUGAUUUAGUCCUCAGUCAUAGAGCUUACGAGCAGUGCAAGAAACAGCUGGAAGAAAGGCAGCCAGAUUCAGAGGAUCAGACAGAAACCUCAACCCUCUCUUUUGAUGUCAAAGGACGACCACAACAAACCACAACACUGGGGAUUGAUGUUCAACCUCAGAUUACAACGCUGGAUAUUAAUUUGAGUCCUACCCAAAGUUUUGACUACAGUUUUACACCUCAAACCACUGCAACAGAAAUGAAAUUCCAGCCACAGACGACAGUGGAAUACAUACCGGAACAGAUCACAGCCAUGGAAUAUGAGGUUAGCCCACAGACAACCACUACACUGGAUAUUGACGUGCAACAGCGUCGCACAACUACUGAACUAGAGAUUGAUAUCGAGCGAAAAUCGCGACCUUCUCCUCCUACGUCAUGGACCACCGGAAGUACGUCAUCAUUUCAGGUGUACAGGGACCGAAAGUACGGUCCGGUACAGUUCACUCUUGAAGAAGAGGAUGAUGGGGGAUUCGAGAUUGCGCAAAUUGAGAACAGAGAUAGUGCAAGAAGAAGAUAGAAAUACUGAAACACCUUUGGGCUGUUUAACACUGAAAACAACCGUUAAUAUAGGCUCUAUUAGGUACUUACUUCUUAUGCGGUAGAAGAAAUGUUCUGGAUCUUUUUUAAAAAAAAUCAUAAUUGCCAGUAGAUUUGGUGUGCCGUACAUGAGGUGUCUAUCAGCCAAGAGGUUGAUUCUAGGCCCCAUCCACAUGAAUUGGAAAACAUUUGGCUUCAGUUCGGGGGGGGGGGGUACUGUCAUAUUUGGGCUAUAUAGGUGUGUGCCACUGUGAAGGCUAUGGUUUUCAAGAAGUUUACUCUGGGAUAUGGUUUUCAAGAAUAGAGUUUUUUCCUGGGAUGGGGUUGAAGGGUGACCAGGAAACCGGAAUUGCCACUCAAAAAUAUAAAAAAAUCAAAUCGGUUUUGUUUUGGCUGGACUGUGCUAGUGACCUCAGUAGUUUCUGAAAAAGAGCUACUCUAAAAUGAUUUGAUUUUAUUCUGGUAUAGGGUAGCAAAAUUCAGCUGAAC